CCUUCGCCUUCUUCCCAGUCCUCCCCACCCCUCAGCAUCCCAACCGUGCUACCCACCCCUCAGUCUCCGAUGCUGCAUGAAGGAUUUCCCCCACUUCCCGCGGGAUACGCACUAAAAUCGCCCUCAUAAUAAUGGACUCGCUGUAAAUUGAUGCGCUAAUGACAUUUUAUUUAGUCUUCAAAUAUGAAUCAUGCGUCUGAUAUUCCAUCUGUGUCUGCUCGCUAGCAUAUUUAUUUCCGUGCCAUCUUCUAUCGCCUCAAUCUCAACGGUUUCCAGUGCCGUGCAGAAUGAGGAUCUCAGGGAUCAGCACGUGUCUGAGACCCCGCGAGAAGCGGCAGCAGCAGCACCGGGCAAUUCCACAGGAAGAAAAUCGGAAGAGCGUGAGGUCACCGUCACAUAUCCCUCCCGGCUCAUUUACUACUUGAAUGAGGAUUUGGAGAGCACGUAUCAUGAUCUGGACACUCGUGCGAGGAACCAGGCCGGGGAUGGACAGUAUGUCCACCUGGCCCAAGCAAGUUUCCAGCUGGACGCCUUUGGCACCAAGUUCACUCUGGACCUUACUUUGAACAAUGAUCUGCUCUCUUCAGAUUAUAUGGAGAUCCACUAUGAGAAAGACAAGCCCGUUCUCUCCAGGGGUGGGGAACACUGCUACUACCACGGCCAUGUGAGAGGAAAAGAAGACUCCCGUGUAGCUUUAUCUACCUGCGACGGGCUUCAUGGGAUGUUUGAUGAUGGUAAUUUUGUCUAUCUCAUCGAGCCUCUGAAACAGACUCACACCGUGGAAACAGGGGCACGACCCCACACUUUGCGACGAACAUCAUCGCUUCAUGUGACCUCUGCCCCAGGUGACUGGGCUGCUGAUGACCCAGUUGAAGAAAAAGAAGAAGAAAAACAUAUUUUCGCUAGCAUGCCUUGGCUAAAGAGGAGGAGGAAAAGAGCUAUGCCACGUAACAUUUUUGAGGAGAUGAAGUAUCUGGAAAUAAUGAUUGUCGCUGACCACAACACGUUUAAAAGGCAUAAGAGUAAAAAGCAUACGCGGAACUUUGCCAAAUCUGUGGUCAACCUCGUAGAUGCUAUUUUUAAGGAGCAGCUGAAUACGCGUGUGGUAUUGGUUGCUGUGGAAAUUUGGACUGACAGGGACCGGAUUCCUCUGAGCGUGAAACCGUUGGAAAUGUUAAAAGAUUUUUCAAAGUACCGACAACAGAACAUCAACAUUAACGCUGAUGCCGUGCACCUCUUCACGAAUGUGACGUUUCAUUAUGGCCGGAGCAGUGUUGCAUAUAUUAGCGGUGUGUGUUCCAAAUCAAGAGGAAUCGGUGUUAACGAGUUUGGCAGCACAUGGACAAUGGCUGCCUCUCUCUCUCAGAGCUUAGCACAGAAUCUUGGUAUCCAAUGGGAUCCUGUGAUCAGGAGGAAGGAGUGCGGCUGCAUGGAUUCAUGGGUGGGAUGUAUAAUGGAAGACACUGGGGUGCAACAUCCACGCAGGUUUUCCAAAUGCAGCAUCAGCGACUACAGGAACUUCCUUCUAAGAGGCGGUGCUUCAUGUCUGUUUAACAAACCCAGCAAGCUCUUUGAGGCUACAGAAUGUGGGAAUGGUUACGUGGAAGUGGGAGAGGAGUGCGACUGUGGAGCCCGAAUGGAGUGCCAUGAAGGCUGCUGUAAAAAAUGUUCUUUGUCUAAUGGAGCGCACUGCAGUGACGGCCCCUGCUGCAAUAGCACAUGCCUGUUCUACCCACGAGGAUACGGCUGUCGAUAUGCUGUAAAUGAUUGUGACAUAUCAGAGACUUGUUCAGGAGACUCGGGACAGUGCCCCCCUAAUCUUCAUAAGCAAGAUGGCUACUCCUGUCAGCUCAAUCAGGGCCGCUGUUACAGUGGUGAAUGUAAGACUCGGGACAGUCAAUGCAAAUACAUCUGGGGUCCAAAGGCUGGAGGGUCAGAGAAGCACUGCUAUGAGAAGUUAAAUACAGAGGGGACAGAAAAAGGCAAUUGUGGGAGAGAUGGAGACAAAUGGGUGCCCUGCAGCAAACACGAUGUGUUCUGCGGGUACCUGCUGUGCAGUAAUAUUGGGAGAAUCCCAAGGAUCGGAACACUGAAGGGUGACGUCACUCCCACCACCUUUAACCAUCAGGGGCGACUGGUGGACUGUAGCGGGGGACAUGUGCUGUUGGAUGAUGACACAGAUCUUGGAUAUGUGGAAGACGGUACGCCAUGCGGCCCCUCUAUGAUGUGCCUUGAGCGGAAAUGUCUACCCAUCUCCUCCCUGAACCUCACAGCCUGUCCGUCUGGCCCUGGCGGCCGAGUCUGCUCUUCUCACGGCGUGUGCAAUAAUGAAGCAACCUGCACCUGUGAUGCUACCUGGGCAGGGACUGACUGCAGCAUGCACGACCCCCCGAAAAAGCCGCCCGUCAUCGAGGACCCGGGCCCCAAGGGUCCUAGUGCCACCAACCUUAUCAUAGGCUCCAUCGCAGGGGCCAUCCUGAUGGCAGCCAUAGUGCUGGGGGGGACGGGAUGGGGAUUUAAGUAAGAGCUGCACCGCAUGCUUCCUAUUGCCUGCCAGCCUGGAACAGGCUCAUUCACACUUAAACAUACACACACUCACAUACACACACACUUUUGCAUACAUGCACACAACACUUCACACCACUACACACUCACAUUCACACACACACAAGGGCCUGGGCUUCUGCUACAGACAACAGAUUUUAAAAAUAGGUCAUCAUUUUAAGUCCUAAAUUCUGAGUUACAUGCUACAAUAAAAUGUAAAUGGGGGACACUAAGUGUAAUUUGUCUUUUUUUCCCUGUAACAAUAUGUCAUUUUAGCCUUUAAGUUGUUUAAACGUAAUCUCUUAAGUAUGCUAAUAUCUUCUUUACACACGACUUUACCUCAUUAGCACAUGCUAGCUAGACGUUUAGCUUUUGACAACCAUUAAAAAAAAACUGAAAUGAACUGGCUACAUAUGUAAAAAAACAAAUUACAGCUUUAGUCUACGUCAAAACAUGUAACCUAAUUGGUUUAGCGCUCUGUAGACUGUAGCAGAACCCCGUGCAAACUGGCUCAUCGCUUGACAUGCAUGCGAGCAAAAUGGUAAAAUGGAUACUGAGCAAGAUGUUUAAUGACAGUUAUGAAUUAACAACAAUAUAAAAGAGAAGAAUGAUGUGUAGCCUUUUUUGUAAUUACAUGCUAACAUUUCAAAUGUGUACAAUAUCAGUAAUGCCAUGACCAAUUUGUGUAGUAAGGUGGGAAUUGUUGGAGAAAGUAACCUUGUAUGCUUACCUAAAGCUACACUAUGUAACUUUUUUGUUGUUGUUUUUUAAAAUGAAGGGCUGAAUUUUGCGGGAAACUUCAUAGUUCUGACAUUCGUAUGUGUGUGUUUAUAUUAUAUCCAUAAAAAAUAUAUAGAAGGUCAGGCUACUACUAUAUGCAGUGGAAGGUGUUGUAGUUGCUUGAAGCCACAACAAACAAACCUCAUAGAUGAAAAGAGUUUGCAAGGAGAAAACAAAAGUGACGGCGCCCGUACUAAAACACAAAUCAACACCAGUUUGGUUCAUCACAUUUGCUGUGCAUUGACUUAAAGAGUUAGUUCAUCCAAAAAUGAAAUUUCUGUCAUUAAUUACUCACCCUCAUGUUGUUCCAAACCCGUAAGCCCUUUGUUCAUCUUCGGAGCACAAAUUAAGAUAUUUUUGAUGAACUCUGAGAGUUUUUUUUAUCUCCCAUAGAAAGCAACGAAAUUACCACAUUCAGGGUCCAGAAAAGACAUAGUUAAAAUAGCCAACGUGACUGCAGUGGUUCAAUCUUAAUGUUAUGAAGCGACGAGAAUACUUUUUGUGCACAAAAACAAAACAAAAAUAACUUUAUUCAACAAUAUCUUCUCUUCUGUGUCAUUCUCCUACGCUGUUUACGUCCAGUGCUUCCGUGUUUACGUCAGAACACAGACUCAGUAUUGGCCAACGCUGUUCACGUGAGCAGCACGACACAUGCGUUUGAUGCUGACGCAAGAACCGGCCAAUAUGAACACUAGAACACGAAAGCGCUGUGUUUUGUUUUUGCACACAAAAAGUAUUCUCGUCGCUUCAUAAAAUAAAGGUUGAACCACUGCAGUCACGUGGACUAUCAGACAGAGUCAGACAGUUCUCGGAUUUAAUCUAAAUUUGUGUUCUGAAGAUGAACGAAGGUCUUACGGGUGUGGAACGACAUGAGGGUGAGUAAUAAAUGACAGAAUUUUCAUUUUUGGGUGAACUCAGUGCUUAAAGUGGAAAAAUAAAAGUGCCGGUACUCCCAAUGCUCAGUUCAGUGUCGGAAGUGCCGGUACACAAGGAAAACUGGCGGUACUGGCUCAUUUCAAGAACUGGGUGAACUAACCCUUUAACAAUGUUUAUCUUGGUAAAAGUGCCAAUUUCUGAACCAAAUAUAACUUUUGCCUGCAUAUAGCCUACUCAAUAUCUAUAUGCAGAAAGAAACUAUAGUUUCUACCAUUUUACCUUUUCUGAUAUGAAUAGCAUUCGUUAUGUCAGCAUAGCCAAAUUUUUGUAUUUUUACAUAACUGUUUGCAUUUAAGCUACUUAUAAGCUGCUCAAAAGACAUUUUUUGGAUAUGUGUCUUUAUAUUGGUUUAUUUAUUGGCCCCCCAGCCAUCAGAUUCAACCGUGCAAAAUAGCGUAGCCCAGGGGUGUCCAAACUCGGUCCUCGAGGGCCACUGUCCUGCAGAGUUUAGCUCCAUCUUGCCUCAACACACCUGCCUGAAAGUUUCUAGUAUGCCUAAUUAGACCUUGAUUAGCUGGUUCAGGAGUGUUUAUUGGGGUUGGAGCUAAACUCUGCAGGACAGUGGCCAUCCAGGACCGAGUUUGGACACCCCUGGCGUAGCCGAAGGACAACUUUCGUAAUUACCAAAACAAUGUUCCUCUGCAAGUAAUGUUUUAAAAGUUACAUAGUGUAGCUUUAAAGAUUCCAGUAAAUGUGUGUAACAUCAAACAUGUUGUUAGCGUAACUUUACGGGUGAUUUGGUUGAAAAAAUGUAGAUUAGCAACUGUUUAUAAAACCUUUCCAAUGGCCAGCGUAGACCCAAUUAGGAGGAAGUUUUUUAAAACUAGCUUUGAGAUCUGGAGAUUAUCCAAGAGGACUUAGCCCACCUCAGCAUGCUCGUUUGCACAUAGCAUCUUGACUGAGCCCAUUUAAAGUUUGCAUGCGGACUGGCUCCAAGCCAGAGCUAAAGCGGAGUGCUAUCAGAGCAUCGCACAAAGGCUGGGCUCACCUCAAGUGAAGGGAGGGGAGGGGUGUUUGUUGUUUUCCUUGCUUGGAGAAGCGGGGUGGGUUGUUGGGGUGGGACGGGGUGGGCAGGGAUGACGACUUUCUGACCCGCUCUCCUCGCCGUGAUCUCUCUCUCAAUCCCCCCUCCGUUGUCUGAAAGGGUGAGAGUUUGAGCGGAGAGGGGUGGAGGUUGUGUCGUAGGCAGCCUUUGUGCCAUGGCUGGCUGCCACGCCCUCUUAUCUCCCGGAAGGCCCUGGGCCCCCUGAAAACCUAGAACAGAGCAAGAGCCCUCACCCCCCACCCGGACUCGCCCGGCACCGCUGCCUUUACUGCCUGCUUCACAGAGACCUGGUACAGACACACGCGCUGCACUGCACCUGCAUGCUACCCCAGUCACCCCCCCACACAGCGAUAGUGGCGUCUCCCACCUAACCUCUCUAUGGACAGGUGCAUGUUAAACUGCUGGGAUGCCCCACAUCAAGCCACGCUACGGGGAGGUUGUGUCAAACCCCUGUUGUUGUUAGUGUUGUUGCAGUUCUUGUUGCCUUUCUUGUUGUUCCUGGUGGUAUCGUCGUCGUUCAUGUUGUGGGUGUGACGUCCUUUUCUGACCCUCGAUGUUGUACACUCUUUCUUGCUGUUCUCUAUGUCUAUGUCCGUGUUUUCUCCCAGGAGGUAAUGUUCUUUUUCCACAUCCUUUGUUGUCUUUCUAACACAUACUCACCCGCAGUCAGCGGAGGGACACUCUGUGUCUCUCCUUGACGCUGCGAAGGACAGCCGCUUUUACCCGCCGCAACCCAACGGCAUUAGGGGUCAAGCAAAAACGUUACGGGUAGCUUUUGAUAAAUGAUUUCAGUUGAUUAAGAAGCUGAUGAGACGACAACCACGUGGUUGCUGCGGGUUAAGGCGGUCAGAUGGGCAGCAGAUUGUAUGUUGAUGUCUCUGGCAUUGCCUGCACUAACCCCCCUCUCGUUUGUUUUGUCCUGUUUGUCCUCAUCACCAAGAAAUGUCAAGAAAAGACGAUAUGACCCUAACGCCAGUGCCAUCUAAAGGCUAAGAGAACUGCAUCCUUGCCUAGUGUGCCCCUGGGUUCUGUCAGAACCCGCUGGACUCUACCCUCUCCUGCUGCUGCCGACAGCGUUGGCGUUACUUGAAUAAAAAAGGACAGAAAGCGAGAGAAGAAAGAGACUCAAUGAUCAAACAUUUUUCAUCCAAAGUCACGUAGAACUGCUUCUCUAGCGCUGCCCCCGUUCCUUUGCCCUCUGGUCUCGAGCCUUUUAGCAACCCUGAUAACUGGUAGUGGAUGGUACCACUCAUUGGGGCACGACUUCCGAUUUACACGCCCCGAUCUCCGGUUCCGACCCAGGCAUGACCAGCUUCAGCUGUGGACCUCGCAUGGCAGAGGAGGGACACCGAUAUUUGUUAAUUAAAAAAAGAAGAAUGAUUUGAAGUUCCAGUAGGUGGGUAACACAUCCAUGUGUGCUUCGAGGGGCCCAUAUCUUCUUCGGACAAACAUUUUUCAAGGCAUAACUUUAAAGUUUUUCUUUUUGUUAUUUCCGCAUGUUAUAUGGCAGGCACUUUCUGUAGUAUUAAUGAAACCCAAAUGAAAAAGUAAAAAUUCAAUCCAUUUGGUUGGCAGCGAAUACAGCUGCAUGAUGAAAUCACCACUGUUAUAUAUGCCUAAUGACAACAAUUACUGUUCCCCUUAAAAACAUUUUUUUAAACUGGCUGGGCCCUGUAGGUCUGCCCUGACCUGAAUGCCAUCACUGGCCAAUCAGAGAGCUGCAUGAUGUAAUUGCACUGGGGGCAGAGCCCACACAGCCUGCUGCGCUUUUCAAGGUAUCUGCAUGUCAAAGGAAAAACAGUUAACAUUUACUUACUAUGCAAAGGGGAAACAUUGCACAAACCUUUUGGUUUGGUAAAGAAUUCUCAACUGAGACCAACAAUGAAACUGAUCUCACGCUAGCGGAUUAUUAAUAAGGCAGUCUUUUAUAUGCUCGGCCAUCUAUGUUUGACAUUAUAAUAAGCUUCUGAUUACUUAAAAUGAAUGUUUCUAUGAAAAUCUCAGCUUCUGAAAAUUAAAAUGUCAUUGUCAUCUGUGUGGGACAGCAUAAUUAAGGCACUUGUGAUAAUAUUAUUAAUAGAAUGGGGCUAUUGCAGUAAAGGGAGCUCUAAUUUUGGCAAAUGCCACUGAAAUGAGAGCAGAGAGAGGGUGUUUUUCUAUACCAUCAUUGAUCUGCACCAUCAGGUUUUUGAACUCAUCUUCUAAACCCCGAGCCCUUUUACAGCCAUCUCAUGUUCCCAUGGAAACAUUGCCAAAACAACAAAUACUACUAAUAAAGAACUUGACAAAAACUUU